AUGGCCAGAGGCCGGUUAAUUUGGAUCAGCACGGGCCUGGAUGCAGCAGUCUUGUCUCGCUCUAUCUCAAACCAUUGCGCGGAUGGCGAUAGCAUGGCGGAGGGCCUAGCGCCAGAGGCCGGGAUAGGCCUGCAGGUGCAGCCGAACCGUGGGAAACGACCGACUAAGAAUAGCGUUGAAAUUAAAGCAGAGGGUAAGAGAAGCGGCGAGUGGAGCGUGGGCAGCAGUGGUUGUGCUGAUUGGCGCCGAACCGCAGUCGCCACGAGUCGCGCUUGUUCCGCCCCCGAAACAGGUGCAUCUCCUCCUGGCGGUCGCGGUUCCUGGCCGUACCGGUAUUGGAAUUACCACCUGCCAGUCUUGCGCGGCCAGACGAUCAGCCCCCGCCGCGCCCUGCGAGUGGUGUGUUUCUGUCCAGGUGGCCUCAAGUGGCCUCACGCCGCCCUGCAGCCUGCGUCGUAUCGUUCUGACCAAACCGUCGCCGGUGUUACGCUGUUUGCAGCCGCUCCCAAGCGGGCCUCGACUCGACCAAAUUGA